AUGACCACAGAAUAUUUUGUUCCAGCCGCUAUUCCGCGUUUCGAUGGUCACUACAACCAUUGGAGUAUGUUGAUGGAGAACUUCCUUAGGUCCAAAGAGUAUUGGCCAGUUGUGAGUAUUGGCGUGCAAGAGCUAGCCGCUGAUACUGCCUUGUCGGAAGCACAGAAGGCAGAGUUGGACAGUCUAAGGUUAAAGGAUCUCAAGGUGAAGAAUUACCUUUUUCAGGUUAUUGAUAGCUCAAUACUGAAAAUAAUUCUUUGCAAGGAUACUUCUAAACAAAUAUGGGAUUCCAUGAAGAAGAAGUAUCAAGGAACGACGAAGGUGAAACAAGUGCAGCUUCAAGCACUUCGUGAUGAGUUCGAGGCUCUACAUAUGCAAGGUGGUGAGUCGGUAACAGAAUAUUUCUCUAAGGUUUUGGCUAUCUCAAAUAAAAUUCGAAUUUAUGGAGAAGAACUAAAGGAUGUUAUUAUCAUUGAGAAAAUACUUCGCUCGAUGACUGCAAAAUUCAAUUUUAUUGUCUGCUCCAUUGAAGAAUCCAAAGAUGUUGAUGCAUUUUGUAUUGAUGAGUUACAAGGUUCUCUGUUGGCUCAUGAUCAGAAAAUAAACCAACAAGACAAGAAUGAAGUAGCAUUGAGGGCAGUGAUGUCUUCAAAAGGAAGAGAUCCAAAGAAAGACAAAUGA